AUGUUAUUAACAGCCUUUUAUAUUGUGCUGGGCUCCUUUGCAGCACCUUGCCAGCAAGACGGAGACCACAUAGUGACCUGUCAGGUCAAUAAGUGCGAGACGGUCGGGUCAGCCGAGAUUUGUACCGAGUGCAAGGUCGGAGGCGUCCCGGUCGACGGCUUCUGCCGACCCUUCGGCUCCAUCCAGGCCGCGGCGGCCGGGUGCACCAAAGCAGACGGGGCUGCUCUCGACAAGAUGACAGCAACCUGCGAGAAGUGCGGCGACGGGUACUUCCUCUUCAUGGGCGGGUGCUACAAGACAACCGACGGGCCCGGCAGCGAGAUAUGCACAAAGGCUGAGGGAGGACUGUGCACUGAGUGUAAGACAGCUAACGGCCUGUUCAAGAACCCGGCUACACCUCAGAAACCUGGUAGCGAGUGCAUCUUGUGCCAUGAUGCCACAAAUAGAAACGGGGUCAUGGGAGUGGAUAACUGUCUCAAGUGCACGGCACCUGGUGGCAAUACAGGAGCGGCCACGUGUACUGAGUGCAUGGCUGGAACGUAUAAGAAGAGUGAUACAGAGUGUGCUGCAUGCCACAGCGACUGUGCCACAUGCAGUGGAGCCAAUCAAAAUCAGUGCACAUCGUGCGAGACAGGGAAGUACCUGAAAGGGACUGAGUGUGUAGACAAAGGUACGUGUAACAACAAUCACUACCCCGAUGACACUAGCAUGACCUGCGUUGCCUGUACUGUCCUCGAUGCCAACUGUGCAACAUGCUCAUUUGAUAGUGCAACGGCAAAGGGCAAGUGUCUGACUUGUAAUUCAAAUAAGAUUCCCAGGACAACCCUCGACGGAACCUCGACCUGUGUGGAAAAUUCUUAUGCUGGGUGUCAAGGAGCUGAUAACGAGCUGUUCAUGAAGGAGGACCAAUCGGCGUGCUUAUUAUGCGGAGAUACUAAAGACGUGGAUAAUAACAAUAAAGGCAAAGAAGGGUGUAAGACAUGCACUAAGAGUGCAGAUGGCUCCCCUCCAACUUGCACAGCUUGCCUCGAUGGAUACUUCUUUGAACAGUCAUCAAACACUUGUGAGGCUUGUGGGGCCAACUGUGUCACAUGUUCAGCUAAAACAGAUGAGACUAAAUGUAAAACGUGCAAGGAGGGGUUCUUCCUGGCCGGCACCGGCGAAGGAAAGUGCAUCUCGUGCGAGAAUGGUAAUGAUAGUGGCUACAGCGGGCUUGCAGGAUGCCUCUCUUGCACAGCCCCAGCCGCCCCGGGCCCGGCCAGCUGCAACCGCUGCAAGAUCGGCUACAAGUUACAGGGAACAACGUGUGUGAAGACCUGCGAGGAUACAACGGCUUGUGGGGGUACUUCUGGCGCCUGUGAUGCUAUAGUAAUAGAUGAUAAGGGCAACACAAAGCAUUAUUGUUCCUACUGUGGGGAUAGUGGUAAGUUCCCUAUUGAUGGUAUAUGCACUGAUAGCAAAGGAACAAAUGCUGGGUGUACUGAUCACAUUUGCAGCUAUUGUGCUCAAGGGUACUUCCUAUACAUGGGUGGCUGCUAUAGUACAGCAAGUCCACCUGGCAACUAUAUGUGCAAGACAGCUGAAGGUGGCAAGUGCACUGCUGUUAAUGAUGGUAAUAGGUACUUCAUAGUCCCAGAAGCAAAGGCUACUGAUCAGUCUGUGUUGGCUUGUAGUAACCCCCUAGGCACACUAGUAGGCACUGAUAGUGCUGCUAAGGCAUAUGUGGGGGUACUCAACUGUUCACAGUGUAAGGCCCCAGCAGCUCUGACUGAGGCUGGUAUGACUGCUGCUGUCUGUACCUCCUGUGACAGUGGUAAGAAGCCCAACAGGGAUGGCAGUGGGUGUGUGACAUGCUCUGUGGGUGAUUGCAAGAGCUGUGUGAUGGAUGAUGUGUGUGGGGAGUGCAGUGAUGGGUACAGUCUGGAGGGUGGUAAGUGUGUGUCCUCUGGCAGUAAUAGGAGCGGGCUCUCCACGGGGGCCAUCGCGGGGAUCUCCGUCGCUGUCAUCGUCGUCGUGGGGGGCCUCAUAGGGUUCCUCUGCUGGUGGUUCAUCUGUCGGGGGAAGGCGUAA